UUUAAAUAGCAAUACAAAGAAAACUCUCAGUGCAUCCUUGUCAGGCUACAAUGGAGAAGCUACUGUGGCUGGGGUGUUUGUAUUUUCUGUGCAUCCUUGGAAGUCAAGGUAGGGGGGUGAAAAGACAGAAUGACUUUGUGCUUCUUGCAGGCCCCCUGGCAAAACCCGAGCUGAGAACCUCCAGCAGUGAGGAGCAUGUUGCCUUUGACUGCAGUCAUCCCAUACCAGCCAACUCCAAACUGUAUUUUGAGUACCUCCGGAGCAAAGGGGUGACACACUUCAAAGUCCCGCUGUCAUGGGUCCAGCUGCUUCCAACAGGCCUGUCAAGCGAACCCCAACCAGGUGUAGUGAGAUGCUACCAGACCCUCCUGAAGCAGCUGCUGGAGGAAGGACUGCAGCCACUCGUCAUCCUUCAUGGGUCAGAUGUUCCAGAGUCUUUGAGGUCCAGGUAUGGCGGCUGGGAAAGUCAGUGGCUGCUAGAGAUGUUUCAGCAGUAUGCCGAGUUCGCUCUGAAGGAGUUCGGGCCACUGGCACAGUCCUGGGUGACAUUUAGUGACCUGGAUGAGAUUUUGCAUGCAGRCCAGGCUGCAGGUGACCAUCUUCUGCAAAACAUCCUCCAGCUCAACAAGAAGAUUUAUCAGUUUUACCAUCACAACUUCCCUGGGAAUGGGAGAAGUCUGUCAAUUGUGCUGAAAAGUACAGAUGAAGCUGCACUUUCCCAACUUGAAGGUUCAACAACUGUUGAUUUCUUGUCAGUGGACAUGGAUUUCAGCUGCGUUUCCUCUGCAAACUUUGCACAGGAGUUGAAGAACCUACAGAUUUCCACUGGAAACAUGCCAAUCCUGAUAUACAGGCUGACAGUUCACGACUGUUCACACAAUGAACAAGAGCCUCUUGGAAACUUGUUGAAUGUCUUAUGGAAAGAUGAUCUGAAUAUUAUUGGAUGCGACAUGAAGGAUGUGUUGCUGCAGCUGGAGAUGCAGAAUACCGUAGACAGUGGUACAGCACAUUUCAGCAGAAAUGGUGACAAAAGUGCUCAGGAAAAAGAUAUUUUCCUCACCAAAGCAUUCCCUACUGGCUUCCAAUGGGCUAUAUCCACAGAGUCUUUCAAGGUUGAAGGUGCAUGGGAAGCAGAAGGGAAAGGCGAGACCAUUUGGGAUCGCUUUGGUCAUGAAAACCAAGCCUUUAAUAAUCAUAAUGCUGACACAGCUGCUGACAGCUACAGGAAGGUUGAUAUAGAUGUCUACCUCCUGCGAGUUUCACAAAAACAAGAUCAUUUUGAAGGUGUGAAAAUAUCACCACCUCGCCGCUCCACCCCACUGCCACCCUCAGACGUCCCAUCAGCAUCAAAAGUUGUCUGGGAAAAAUUUACACCACAGAAAAAGUUUGACAGACAAAUGUAUCACUAUGGCAAUUUCUCACAAGACUUCUUAUGGGGUGUCUCAUCUUCAGCUUACCAGAUUGAGGGUGGAUGGAAUGCGGAGGGGAAAGGACCCAGUGUAUGGGAUACAUUUACUCAGAAGCCAGGUAGUGGUAUUCCUGAUAAUGUGACUGGAGACAUUGCCUGUGACAGUUACAAUAAACUUAAAGAAGACCUUUACAUGCUGCAAGCCUUGAAAGUGAAGUCAUACAGAUUUUCUUUGUCAUGGUCAAGAAUCUUUCCCGAUGGCAGACGUGCAUCCCUGAACCAAAAGGGUGUUGAUUAUUACAACAGACUUAUUAAUGGCCUCUUGGCCAGAAAAAUCACCCCAAUGAUCACCAUGUAUCACUGGGACCUCCCACAAGCUCUACAAGACAUUGGUGGCUGGCAGAAUGUAGAGAUGAUUGACAUUUUUAAUGAUUAUUGUGACUUCUGCUUUGCCACCUUUGGUGACAGAGUAAAAUUCUGGAUGACCAUGAAUGACCCUCAAGGACUUGCAUGGCUAGGAUAUGGAACUGGACAAAUYCCUCCAAAMAYWAAGGAGCCAGGAACAGCACCAUACCAAGUUGCACAYAACUUAAUAAAAGCUCACGCUACAGCAUACCACACGUACRAUGAGAAAUACCGCRCUUCUCAAGGAGGGAUGGUUUCCAUUGCMCUCAAUGCUGAAUGGGUUGAACCYAAAGAUAUYAAUGUCCCUCGUGAUCUUGUUGCUGCUGACCGUGCAAUGCAGUUCCAUGUGGGUUGGUUUGCYCACCCRAUCUUCAAGAAUGGGGRCUAUCCAGAGGCCCUGAAAGCCCAAGUUUUAGUUAAAAGUGAACUCCAAGGUCUUAAACAGUCAAGACUCCCUUCUUUCACAGAGGAGGAAAAGAACUUUAUUAAAGGAACUGCUGACAUGUUCUGUGUGAAUCACUACACUUCUAGAAUAGUAACCCACAUUACAGAUGCAAUUUUGCCAUCAUCCUAUCAAAAUGACAGAGACUAUACAGAAGAAGAGAUGAUUGAUCAACCAACAACAGCAAUUGAAUUCACAAGAGCUGUAUCAUUUGGGAUGAGAAGGCUUCUCAACUGGAUCAAGGAAGAAUAUGGAGAUCCAGAUAUUUACAUUACUGAAAAUUCAGUUGCCACUCCCAGAGAAUGGGCUUAUGAUGAAAUUGACAGAGUCUUCCUUCACAAAACCUAUAUUGAUGAGGCUCUUAAAGCAUAUGAACUUGAUGGAGUCAAGGUGAAAGGCUAUGCAACAUAUCUCAUGGAUUCUUUCCAGUUCCUUUAUGGCUACCUAUUUGGGUAUGGUCUGCACCACGUUGACUUCAAUAACCCAAACCGACCCAGAACACCUAAGUUUUCGGCUCAUUUCUACCAUAAUAUUAUCAAAGACAAUGGUUUCCCAUUGCCAGAAGAUGAAAAGAUGAUAUAUGGAGAAUUCAAAAAGGAUUUCAUUUGGAGUAGUGCAACAGCAUCAUACCAGGUUGAAGGGGCAUGGAGACAAGGUGGAAAAGGUCUCAGCAUCUGGGACAAGUUUACCCACACUCCUGGAAAAAUAUCUGAGCAUGACACUGGGGAUGUGGCUUGUAACAGUUACAAUAAGAUGGAAGAUGACAUUGCUGCACUGAAGACAGUCAAGGUGUCUCACUAUCGCUUCUCCAUAUCCUGGCCACGAAUCCUACCUGAUGGUACUACCAAAAACAUCAAUCAGGCUGGUCUAAAUUACUACAACAAACUUCUGGAUUCCCUCAUUGCAGCAAACAUUCAGCCUCAAGUUACUUUGUAUCACUGGGAUCUCCCACAAGCUCUACAGGACGUUGGAGGUUGGGAAAAUGAGACCAUCAUUGAGCGAUUCAGGGAUUAUGCGGAUGUCCUCUAUGAGAAUCUUGGUCCCAAAGUGMAACUUUGGAUCACUUUCAAUGAGCCCUUCAUAAUAGCAAUAUUAGGCCAUGUCCAAGGCACACAUGCCCCAGGUUUCAGUGACCGACCAGAUACUCUUCCUUACAUUGUAAGUCACAACAUAAUUAAAGCCCAUGCAGAAGCCUGGCAUGUCUACAAUGACAAAUACAGAGCCUCACAAAAUGGAAUGGUCUCCAUCACUGUGAAUGCGGACUGGGCAGAACCCAGAAACCCCUACAAGCAAGAGGACUACGAAGCUGCACGGAGUGUGGUUGAGUUUUAUCUUGGCUGGUGGGUCCAUCCCAUUUUUAAUGGUGACUACAGCCCACUGGUGAAGAAAUCUGUUCUAGAGCAAAGUCUUGCAGGUGGUUUGACAAAAUCCAGGCUUCCUGAGUUUACUCCUGAGGAAAUUAGGAGAAUUAAUGGCACACAUGAUUAUUUUGGACUAAACCAUUACUGCAGUGUCUUGGCAUUCCCUGUAGACUUUGGAACUACUCAACACUUUGAGGCAGACAGGGGUGUGGUACUUCUUAGAGAUCGUACCUGGUUGGAGUCUGGUUCACACUGGCUGACAAUGACCCCAUUUGGUCUCCGAAGAUUGCUGAAAUUCAUUAAGCAUGAGUUCGGAAAUCCUCCAGUAAUCAUCACUGAGAACGGUGUCUCUGAAAACGGACCAGUUGAUCUGAAUGACGUUCACAGGAAAUAUUUCUAUGAAAAGUACAUCAACCAAGUGCUCAAAGCUUAUUUGCUUGAUGACGUGAAUGUCAUUGGCUACACUGCUUGGUCUCUGCUGGACAACCUGGAAUGGGCUGUUGGCUAUACAGAGAGAUUUGGACUUUUCUAUGUCAAUCGCUCAGAUCCUGAUCUGCCUCGAACCCCCAAAGCCUCUGUGUCCUUUUACUCCUCCAUCAUCAGCUGCAACGGGUUUCCUGACCCAGCAUCUGGACCUCAUGAGUGUUGGAACGCUACCUCUACAGCUACUCCUACCUCUGCCCCUACCACUAAAUCUACCACUAAAUUUACCACUACAUCUAUCACUAAAUCUACCACUACAUCUACCACUACAUCUACCACAACUCCUAAACCUGAAGUAACUAAAGAACCGACCACCGUAAUCAACAAUCUGAACAUCCUUGGUAUGAGGCUCUCCAUCAAAGAAGCUGAGACUGGAUUUAACACAACAUUUGCUUUGCUGAUUGUAGAGACUGCAUUAGUUUGUUUGACUGUUGGCUUCUUUUUAUUUAGGAGGCGCUCUAAAAAAUCCAAGAAAACUGAAAAUAUUGAGUUGGACGGAAAAUUGUGAUAACAGCUAACACAAACAUAUAAACAAGUGAAAUUCAAGCUUAAAUUUAAAGGAGUAAAUUCUGCUAAAAACUUCAUCUUCAGUAGAGAAGCCACAGUUCAACACUGAUAAAGUUAUAUAUUUAAAAUAUUAUAAACAUAAUUAUUCUAUAUAAUAAUCACAUAAUAAUCAUAAUGCUUAAUAAUCAUAUGUGUAGAAGAGCUCAUCUCUUGCUAGGAGCUUUCAGGAGAUGAGGUUUGCCAUCUGAGAUUACUGGACCAGGUUUUCAUGUGCCCUGCUGUUUGUGCUGUUCAAACAAUUUUCUACCUCUUCAUAAUGAUAUUUUUAUUUUUGUGAAAAAUAUUAAGCUAACUUAAGUAAAUUAAUGGUGAAAUCCACUUCAAUCCUGUGUAAAACUUCAGAUUCAUUCUACUUACUACAUUGUUGAUGUUUUUGUGUCGACUAGGUAAAAGUAAUAUAAAAGUAAUACAAUGUUAGCUUAUAAGCUUUCUUUGUGUGUGAAAAUUUUACUGUCAAAUAAAAAGACAACUGUUAAAGUUACUGUCAUAGUAACUUAUUGUAACAUUUAGAACAAUUUUGUGAAACUGUGUUAGACAAAAUGGACAAAGCACAACAUAACAACCAACCAAUAUCAGAUUUGUG